AUGGAGAAGGAUCGGCCGGAAGGAGAUAAAGUUGUGUUGGGCGUGUGUGCUAUGGAUGCGAAGGCUAGGAGCAAGCCGAUGAGGGCUAUUUUGACCCGUAUAAAGGCAAGAGGCCAGGUUGAAGUCCGAUUGUUUGGGGAUAAAGUUAUUUUGGACGAAGAUGUAGAGAAUUGGCCUCUAUGCGAUAUACUUAUCUCCUUCUUCAGCAUAGACUUCCCACUUGAUAAGGCCGUUCAGUACGUCAAGCUCCGGAAACCAGUCUGUAUCAACGAUCUUCCGACACAAGCUCUGCUCUGGGACCGUCGUAUCGUUUAUCAAAUCUUAGACCAUUUGGAAAUCCCCACUCCGAGAAGGCUGGUCGUCGCGCGUGAUGGUGGCCCCAAAGUUGAUGCCGCGCUGAUUCACAUAGUCGAGCAAAACUUGGGUCUAACGUUGGGAAAACCGAUGCCAACACCUGAGGUCUCGAUGAGAGGGGAUAAUAACGCGAUCGUAAUUGAUGGUAGUGUGAUGGAGAAGCCGUUUGUUGAGAAGCCUGUCAGUGGGGAGGAUCACAAUGUAUAUAUUUAUUUCAGGAAUGGCGGUGGUCGUAGGCUAUUUAGAAAGAUUGGGAAUCAAUCGAGCGAGAUGGAUCCGAACUUGAACCAUCCUCGAAUGGAUGGGUCGUACAUUUACGAAGAGUUCAUUGACGUUGAUAAUGCUGAGGACAUCAAAGUUUACACUCUUGGACCUACCUAUACACACGCCGAGACCAGAAAAUCUCCGGUCGUGGACGGAGUAGUUCGUCGAAAUACAGACGGAAAAGAAAUUAGGUUCAUCACUCAUCUCAACGAGUAUGAAAAGUUGUUCGCUCGUAGAAUCUGCGAAGGUUUUGGACAGCGUGUCUGUGGGUUUGAUGUUCUGCGUUGUGACAAUGGUGCACGAAGCAUGGUUAUCGACGUAAAUGGGUGGAGCUUCGUUAAAGGAAAUGAGAAUUACUUUGACAGAGCCGCAGAGAUCCUCUACGAAGUAUGUUACAAAGUCAGCGUUUCCCCAACAAGACACCUGGGAGCACCGCCCUUCCCAGAUCUUUCGUCUUCGUGGACCCUCAAGGCCAACGUCACGGUCUUUCGGCAUGCGGACAGAACCCCAAAGCAAAAACUCAAGUUCAACUUCCCUAUCGCUGAAUCAUGGACUGCUCCAUUUGUUCGCUUGCUGAAUGGAGAAAAUGAAGAGAUCAUCCUCCGCGAGGCUCAACAGCUUACCCUCCUCGUUGCAGCAAUCAAGGAGGCAAGAUUGCUCGGGGCAAGGGGCGAAGAUCUGACGAAGCUCACUCAUUUAAGCAAUGCUCUUGCACGAAAAAUGGACCUCCCUGGAACAAAGGCCCAGCUGAAACCUGGUUUUAAGAAGGGGAAGAGUGCAUCUGGUCAGCCACGAAGUCUUGAGAAGCUCCAACUUGUGUUCAAAUGGGGUGGAGAGUUCACGCACGCCGCUCGAUAUCAGUCGCGCGAUCUUGGCGAGAGCAUGAAGCAGGACUUCUCGAUUAUGAACAAAGAUGUCCUCAACAACGUCAGAAUAUACACAUCAUCGGAAAGGAGGGUCGUUGCAUCCGCGGAGAUCUUCGCCGCUGCAUUGUUGGAUGGGGUCCAAACUACAUCGGUAGCAACAAGUGCAGCGUCGACACCAGCAAGGUCUUCUCGGUCCUCAGACGCGUCAAGUUUCGUUGCCCCACAACCUGUCCAACUCAUCAUUAGAAAAGAUUUGCUAGACGAUUCCAAUGCUGCUAAAGAUCUCAUGGAUGACGUUAAGAAACGGCUGAAAAUUUUGCUUCGACCAGGCGAGCCAGAAAAGCGGCCAGAACUUACCUGGAGAAUGAAGAAGGAGCCUGUAGAAGUGGUGAAGGAGGUUAUAGACUUGUUGAGGUCUUUUCGUGAUGUCAUGAGGCGAAACUUUGAGAGAUUGGACGUGAACAAGAUCCAGACCCGAUGGUGCUGCUCUGACGAGCCUUGGCUGUUCCGUGAACGCUGGGAGAAGUUGUUCGAAGAUUUCUGCGAUGUCAAGCAAGAGAAGUUCGAUCCAUCGAGGGUCUCCGAGUUAUACGACACCAUCAAGUAUUGUGCACUGCAUCACCGUACCUUCCUGUUUGCUAUCUUUGACGACCCGAGCGAUGACCCGAAAAACGACCGCAAGUUGCAUGAGUUGUAUGGUCGUGCAAAGGCCUUGUUUGACUUGGUUGCGCCCCAGGAGUACGGCAUAGAGCCAUGGGAAAAAACGGAGAUCGGAGUUCUCACAUCUCUGCCCUUGAUGCGUAAAAUUGUCGCAGACUUAGAGGAAGCAAGGAGCAACGAACUUCCAAUGUUUACUGCUUAUUUCACGAAAGAAAGCCAUAUUCACACCCUCGUGAACCUUGUCCUUUCAUCUGGGCUACCCAUCGCCAAUCCCAGGAUACCAGAAUUGGACUAUGCGUCCCACAUCACGUUUGAACUAUAUGAACGCAAUCAUGGCCGCGGGAAAUCAGACAAGGAGUAUUCUAUCAAGCUGGCGCUGAGUGAGGGAGCACAUUCAUCAAACGUUCUCGACUCUGCGCUGGAUGCGCGACAUUCGCUGAGUGUGAAAACGCGAAGGCGUCUUACACAGCACUUGGACUACAGUCUUGUUGUCGAAAAGCUUUCCAAGCAAUUUUCGCGAGUGCCAGAGGACGAAGAUUCUAUUGCCCCACUUGCUGUGGAAAUCCUGCCUAUUAGUUUGCCCCAAGAAUCCAGUCCCAGCUCCAGCAUCUAG